AUGGAGGAGCCUGAACAGGACAUCAAGGAGAAGCUGGCAGGUGAAGAAAGUCAAGGCACGAAUCCACACUUGCCGACUGACGCGUGUGACGGCCAAGCUGACACCAUGGGUGCAGAGCUGGUGCUUAAAGUAAGAAUUCACAACUCCAAGGAAAAUGACUUCAUUGAAAUUGAACUGCACAGACAAGAGCUGAGUUAUCAGAACCUACUACAAGUGAGCUGCUGUGAACUGGGGAUCCACCCAGAGCAAGUGGACAAGUUGAGGAAGCUGCCGAACACACUGCUUAGAAAGGACAAAGACAUUCAAAGACUCCAGAACUUUCAGGAGAUAGAACUCUUGGUGAAGAGUGGAAACUCUGAAUGGACUCAGCACACAGCAUCACCCUUGACGGAGAGACCCUGCUACAACAGUGAAGCUGCAAAACUGACUUACUAGCUCCACGAGAGAAGGAUCUGGAAUCAUUGUCAAUAUGAGGCCUAGACCCAUGUGACAAUUAGCUAACCACAUUUGAACUUUGAAAAAUUUCCUCAUUUCCGACCUCUCUGAGCAGGAAUUGUUUGACAAACACAGCUACAGUACCCAUGAGAGGCCAAGUUGAUUUUGAAGUGCUG